AUGGGGACUAUAAGGAGACGCAGUAUACAUUCAAACAGGUGUUCGGAACUCACACCACCCAGAAGGAGCUCUUUGAUGUUGUUGCUAAUCCCUUAGUAGACAACCUCAUUCAUGGCAAAAAUGGUUUUUAAAUCUAAUGACAGGAACAGCAUGGACAUACAGUCUGAAAUUGAUGCUUUAUUGGAACGACAGAGAAGAGAUGCCAUGCCCAAUCCAAAGACCCCCUCCAGCAAGCGACAAGUAGAUCCGGAAUUUGCAGAUAUGAUAAAUGUACAAGAAUUUUGCAAAGCAGAAGUUGAUGAAGACAGUGUUUAUGGCGUGUUUGUCUCGUAUAUUGAAAUAUAUAACAAUUACAUAUAUGAUCUUUUGGAAGAGACGCCAUUUGAUCCCAUAAAGCCAAAAAUUCCUCAAUCUAAAGUGCUCCGUGAAGAUCAGAACCGUAACAUGUAUGUUGCAGGAUGUACAGAAGUAGAAGUGAAAUCAACAGAGGAGGCCUUUGAAGUGUUCUGGAGAGGCCAGAAGAAGAGGCGUAUUGCAAACACACACUUGAAUCGUGAAUCCAGCCGUUCACAUAGUGUGUUCAACAUUAAAUUGGUUCAGGCGCCCUUGAAUGCAGAUGGGGACAACGUCCUGCAGGAAAAAGAACAAAUCUCUAUAAGCCAGCUGUCCUUGGUAGAUCUCGCUGGAAGCGAAAGAACUAACCGGACAAAAGCAGAAGGAAAUAGAUUACGUGAAGCAGGUAACAUUAAUCAGUCAUUGAUGACACUGAGGACUUGCAUGGAGGUCCUGAGAGAGAAUCAAAUAUGUGGAACUAAUAAGAUGGUUCCAUAUCGAGAUUCAAAGUUAACCCAUCUGUUCAAGAACUACUUUGAUGGGGAAGGACAAGUACGCAUGAUUGUGUGUGUGAACCCAAAAGCUGAAGAUUAUGAAGAGAGCCUGCAAGUCAUGAGAUUUGCAGAAGUGACUCAAGAAGUUGAAGUCACAAGACCAGUAGACAAAGCUAUAUGCGGUUUAACACCUGGAAGACGGUACAGACACCAGGUUCGGGCUGGUCCGAUUGGAGACGAACUGCUGGUUACAGAUGUGGUUCUACAGAGUUUUCCACCAUUACCUUCCUGUGAGAUUUUGGAUAUCAAUGAUGAGCAGACUCUUCCCAAACUGAUUGAAGCAUUAGAGAAACGACACCAACUACGGCAAAUGAUGGUCGAUGAGUUUAACAAACAAGCAACACAUUUUAAAACUCUGUUGCAAGAAUUUGACAGUACUAUUUUAAAUAAAGAAAACUACAUCCAAGGAAAACUAAAUGAAAAAGAAAAGGUGAUCGCAGGACAGAAAUUGGAAAUCGAACAACUGGAGAAGAAAAACAGAACUUUAGAAUAUAAGAUUGAAAUUCUAGAGAAAACAACUACUAUAUAUGAAGAAGAUAAACGCAAUCUACAACAGGAACUUGAAACACAGAACCAAAAACUUCAGCGGCAGUUUUCUGAUAAGAAGAGGUUGGAGGCCAGGUUGCAGGGCAUGGUGACAGAAACGACGAUGAAGUGGGAGAAGGAAUGCGAACGUCGGGUGGCAGCCAAACAGCUGGAGAUGCAAAAUAAACUCUGGGUCAAAGACGAAAAACUGAAACAACUGAAGGCUAUAGUCACUGAGCCUAAAGCUGAGAAACCAGAGAGACCCUCUCGGGAGCGGGACCGAGAAAGAGUCACUCAGAGAUCUGUUUCUCCUUCUCCAGUUCCUCUUUCUAGUAACUAUAUUGCUCAGAUUCCGAACGGCCAGCAACUCAUGAGCCAGCCACAGCCACAUAGGCGCUCUAACUCUUGCAGCAGCAUUUCUGUAGCUUCCUGUAUUUCCGAAUGGGAGCAGAAAAUUCCUUCCUACAACACGCCUGUCCAUGUCACAUCCAUUGCGAGGCGUAGGCAGCAGGAGCCAGGACAAAGUAAAACUUGUAUGGUGUCAGACAGAAGGCGAGGGAUGUACUGGACUGAAGGCAGGGAGGUGGUUCCCACAAUCAGGAAUGAGCUAGAAAUAGAAGAGGAUCAUCCCUGCAGGGGUGAUGUUUAUAAAACAAGGGGUGGCGGACAGUCUGUUCAGUUUACGGAUAUUGAGACAUUAAAACAAGAAUCACCAACUGGUCGGAAACGAAGAUCUUCCGCAGUAGUGCCUGCCCAGCCAGAGGGUACUGAGUCUGAAUGGACCGAUGUAGAAACAAGGUGUUCUGUGGCUGUGGAGAUGCGAGCAGGCUCUCAGCUGGGACCUGGGUAUCAGCACCAUGCACAACCCAAGCGCAAGAAGCCAUGAACUGACCAUUUCAAUUGUGAGACGUUUCCGUCUGCGUUGGCGGUAUCUCUGGAGCCAUGCUGGACUGGCUUUGUUGCAUAUCACGGACC